AUGUCCUGCUCCCGGGCUGCCGUACGAAAAGCCCUUCGAUGUGAUGUUUGGCGAUCAAGCCCAAGGAUCUUGCGACUGUCGUCAGCAUUUCCGUUGAAUGUCGCGCCACCAGGAGGUCGUGGAAACUCUCCACACUUCAUCCUCAGAUUGCAUCGCAACUUUACAACGGCCCCUUUCCGGCAAGAACAGAUCUCCGAAAGACAAAUCCGUGCAACAGAGGUCCUGCCCGUCUGCUGCCCUGGAUGCGGCGCCUUCUCCCAGACCGUUUGGCCGGAUGAACCGGGAUACUACAAUCCGAGCAGAAAGCAGACGCGGAAGCUGUUAGCCGCUCAGAGUCGUCCCCUCGACGGUCAGGAUGCAGAUGGCCCAGCAGAAUAUAUUCCAUCAGAAUCCGAGACCAGCGAGGAGCAAGCAGUCCCCACUCCUAUUCAUGGUAGGACAUCGUUGUUUACUCUCAGUCUUGAUUCGACGCUAAUCAAAAACAUAGAUGAGAUUUUAGUGAACGAAACCGAUAUUCUGAAUGAGACAGAUACGUUAAAACGGACUUCCCACAUUUGUGACCGGUGCCAUGACCUUACGCAUCACAACAAGGCGGUCACUACGCCCAAACCAUCCAUCUUGGCUAUUCGAGAGUUCCUAGACGAGUCGCCACAUAAGCAUAACCGCAUCUACCACAUUCUUGAUGCCGCCGACUUCCCCAUGUCACUGGUGCCCCGGAUCCAUCGGGCACUGGCGGCCCAGGAACAGCGUGGUCUGAACCGACGGGCAUCGACCGAAAAGUACCUUCGCGGCAGAAAACUCCCAACGGUCUCAUUCAUCAUUACGCGUUCGGAUCUUUUGGCUGCCAAGAAAGAGCAAGUGGACUCGAAGAUGCAAUAUGUUCGCUCAGUGCUUCGCUCGGCUCUGGGUCGGGCGGCAAAGGACGUGCGUUUGGGUAACGUGCAUAUGAUCAGCGCGCACCGAGGCUGGUGGACUAAAGAGGUCAAAGAGGAAAUCCGCGAGCAUGGCGGAGGAGUCUGGGUGGUUGGGAAGGCCAAUGUUGGGAAGAGCAGCUUUAUUGAAGCUUGUUUCCCAAAGGAUUCGAAGAGUCUUGAGAAUAUGGAUGAGUGGAUGGAGCAUCACCGAGAUGGGGUCUCAACUCAACUCGACUCCGAUAGUCUUUUGCCUCCUGUCCCGGCCGAAGAUCAAUAUCCGGUCCUUCCAGUCGUGUCUUCUUUGCCUGGGACUACCGUCUCCCCCAUUCGCAUCCCGUUUGGUCGAGGCAGAGGAGAAAUGAUCGACUUGCCUGGCCUGGAGCGUGGUGAACUGGAAGACCAUGUUCGCGACGAACAUAAACGCGACUUGAUCAUGACGAAACGCAUCAAGCCCGAGCGUUGCACAAUUAAGCCUGGCCAAUCUCUUCUCCUAGGUGGUGGUCUUGUGCGCCUCACCACGGUUAAUCCAGAAGACACCAUGUUGGCAGCUUGUUUCGUGCCCAUUGAAUCGCACAUCACCAAGACGGAUAAGGCAAUUGAGAUGCAGACCGAGCAGCGCACCUAUCCGGGAACAGUGCUCAUGAAAGAAGGCACAGGGUCCUCGAUAUCCUCGGCUGGAGUCUUUGAUCUGGAGUGGGAUGUCACAAAUUCAAAUCUACCCACCACGCUCGCAAAAGCCGUGAAAGACAGAGGUGUCACUCCAGGCCGCUUGCCGUACCGCGUGAUGUCAGCCGAUAUCCUCAUUGAGGGAUGCGGCUGGAUUGAAGUCAGCGUGCAGGUUCGCGCAAAGCCCAACCCAGAGAAUGACUCGCAGCCCUUUCCCCAGGUGGAGGUAUUCAGUCCCAAUGGGCAGAACAUUGGAAUUCGGCCACCUAUGGAAUGUUGGGAGUUCAUUGCCGAGAAGCACAAGGCAGAUAGGCGCAAGAGGCCGCGACUUGUGCGUCGACCUAGCGGAACUCAUUAG